AUUAGACUUGUUGAUGGACCCGGCGCACAGGCAAGUCCACUGCGAGCCGCUCACAUACUCCACAGCUGCUGCUGCCGAGCUCAGACUGGAAGGUGACCUGCUCCCUACUCAAGCUCCUGAAACCCAGCCACUGAGGAAGGUCUGCACGGAACUGUCUGUGUCCCCGUCGGUUCCUCUAGGUCCCAUUCAGCAUCUCAGCUGAAGGAGGAAGGAGAGAGGAAGAUUGUGUGGUAUUCCUUUGAGUGAGUCUCUUCAGUAGAUGGUGAUGUUGGACGUCUAGAGGUUCCCUGUGACUUGGAGCACCACAUUUAAAGUUUGUGUGGAGGACUGCCUGCUCUGAAAAAGUGGGAUUUAAGAUCAAGAGAGGAGAAGGGAGAAGCUUCAGCUUCAGCUCUGCUGGUGUCCUCUGUAUGCGACUAGACGGGGGAGUGCGCGUCACUCCCGGUGGCAUUCCGGUGAACCUGCAUCCCAGCAUCGGAGCCGGGGACCAAUCCCCCGCCAGGAUGAUCGAUGACCCUUACACGGACUAUCAUUACUAUGUCGACUCGCUCUUCCCUGCGUCCACUCUCAUCCCGGUCACUGUGGUGUGCCUGCUCCUCUUCCUGGUUGGUGUGGUGGGCAACACCAUGACCAUCCUCAUCAUCCAGCGCUUCAAGGACAUGAAGACCACCACCAACCUCUACCUGUCCAGCAUGGCCGUGUCAGACCUGCUGAUCUUCUUCAGCCUGCCCUUUGACCUCUACCGCGUGUGGAAGUACGAGCCGUGGGUGUUUGGCCCGCUGGUGUGCCGCAUCUACCACUACAUCAACGAGGGUUGCACGUACGCCACCAUCCUGCACAUCACGGCGCUCAGCAUGGAGCGCUACCUGGCCAUCUGCUACCCGCUGCGCACCAAAGUGGUGGUGACCAAGCGCCGCGUGAAGCUGGUCAUCCUGGCGCUGUGGGCGUUUGCGCUGCUCUCGGCCUCGCCAAUGCUGCUGCUGGUCGGCGUGGAGUACAAGAACGCUACGCUGGCGGACGACAGCACGCGCCAGUGCGUGCCCACCAGCUACGCCAUCGACUCGGGCCUCCUCAACACCAUGAUCUGGGUGUCCACCAUCUACUUCUUCGGGCCCAUGCUGUGCCUGCUCUUCCUCUACGGCUCCAUCGGGCGCAAGCUGUGGAAGAGCAAGAUGGAGGAGCUGCGAGGGCCGUGCGCAGCGGUAAGGGCCAGGUCACACCGGCAGACCAUCAAAAUACUCGCCGUGGUGGUGCUUGCCUUCGCCAUCUGCUGGCUGCCCUAUCACAUCGGCCGCAACCUCUUCACCUACGCCAACGACUACUACGAGGCGCGCCUGAGUCAGAACUUCAACGUGGCCUCCAUGGUGCUGUGCUACCUGAGCGCCUCCAUCAACCCGGUCCUCUACAACCUCAUGUCCAAGAAGUACCGCGCCGCCGCUCACCGCCUCUUCCUGCUGCGCCGGUGCGGCCACCGGCCCGGUCAGCCACGGGCGCUCUCCGUCCGGGAGGACAUCGCCACAUGCACCGACACCUUCACCGGGGUUUAAGAGAGAGAGAGACAGAGACAGAGAGAGAGAGAGAGAGAGAGAAAGAAAGAGAGAGAGACAGAGAGAAAUGGA